AUGUCCCGGCGAAUAUUCGCGAUUAGAGUUUCCGUCGAUCAAGUCAAGUUCGCCGAAACUGACCUAACAUCUCCCGAGCGUCCUUCCCGCCUUCAUACUUUCUUUGAAUCCAUUGCGCUUAAGAGAGAUUAUCCCCGCAACCUCCCCACCUGCUUCCAUCGUCUUUUUCCCAUUUCUAUUUUCGAUCGCCUCAACAAAAUAAUAAAAAAAAAAAAAUCAAUAACUCCGCCAAAAUUAUCGAUAUUCUUACUGGAGAGCCUUCGGUUUAAACAAAUCCAUUCCUCGUGCAUUUGGCCCGACCGGAAGACCGAUCGAAAUUCGGAAGGCAAGACAUACCCGCUCAAACAUCCUCAUCACUCCGACUUCCGCUUCUCUUUCUCUUUUAGACUCUCUCGUGUAUUCUUUUUCUCUCUGAUAUAUUGCAAGAGUCGGGUAGUCACACGCUCAUAUCUAUCUAUCUAUCUAUCUAUCUAUCUAUCUAUCUAUCUAUCUAUCUCAGUCUGUUUCUAUCUAUCUAUCUAUCUAUCUAUCUAUCUAUCUAUCUAUCUAUCUAUCUCCGCCUGUUUUCUACCUUUGCCUAUUUUUAUCUAUCUAUCUAUCUAUCUAUCUAUCUAUCUAUCUCCGCCUGUUUUCUACCUUUGCCUAUUUUUAUCUAUCUAUCUAUCUAUCUAUCUAUCUAUCUAUCUAUCUAUCUAUCUAUCUAUCUAUCUCCGAGGGUUCGUGCAACGUUUCAAAAUCUAUCUAUCUAUCUAUCUAUCUAUUGAUCGAUCUAUCUCAUUCUUUUCAUUAUCUAUCUAUCUAUCUAUCUAUCUAUCUAUCUAUCUAUCUAUCUAUCUAUCUAUCUCUCAUUCUGAUCACUAUCUAUCUAUCUAUCUACCUAACUAUCUAUCUAUCUCCUUUUGUUCAUUAUCUAUCUAUCCAUCUGUCUCAUUCUGUUCAUUAUCUAUCUAUCUAUCUAUCUAUCUAUCUAUCUAUCUAUCUAUCUAUUUCAGUCUGUUCGUUAUCUAUCUAUCCAUCUAUCUCAUUCUGAUUUCUAUCUAUCUAUCUAUCUAUCUAUCUAUCUAUCUAUCUAUCUCGGAAGAUGAACAUUGCUUAAAGUCAACAUUCAGCCACAUGGCCUGA